AUGCUGACUAUUAAGAGGGUUGCAACGGUUCUUUCGAAUUACCAAGACGAUGCUUAUGACAAACAAGAAGUUGGGUGCGGUAGGAAUUGCCUUGGAAACUGUUGCAUACCUGCAUCGACGCUACCUCUGUAUGCAUUCCAGAAAGAGCAAGACGAUUCAGGGGAAUAUGGGGAGAUAUAUCCAUCCGAGGAACAACCUAAACCAUCAUUCCUGAAUCUGUUGCUUGAACAAUGGGCGGACCGAAUGAGACGAGGUUUAUUUCGCUAUGAUGUAACGAAUUGCAAGUCAAAGAUCAUCCCAGGGAAGUAUGGUUUUAUCGCGCAGCUCAAUGAGGGGCGCCACCUCAAGAAACGGAGUACGGAGUUUCGGAUAGAUCAAGUCCUUCAGCCCUUUGAUGAUUCUAAGUUCAACUUCACAAAAGUUGGACAAGAAGAAGUUCUUUUCAGGUUUGAACAAAGCAAUGACUGCAAGAGUCAUUUCUUGGCUAGUGCACCUGUCACUGCAAAGCCAAACUACUCUCCUAAUGUUAUUGCAAUCAAUGUGAGCCCGAUUGAAUAUGGGCAUGUUCUGUUGAUACCACAUGUUCUUGACUGCUUGCCUCAGAGGAUUGAUCAUGACAGCCUCCUGCUUGCUAUCCACUUGGCCAAAGAAGCAGCAGAUCCCUUCUUUAGAGUUGGUUAUAACAGCCUGGGCGCUUUCGCCACUAUUAAUCACCUCCACUUUCAGGCAUAUUAUUUAGAAGUGCCCUUCCCAAUUGAGAAAGCUCCAAUCCAAAGAAUAUCCACAGAGAAAGGAUUGCAAGAUACGGGAGUUAUUGCUUCACAGCUGUUGAACUAUCCAGUUAGAGGCCUUGUUUUCGAGGGCGGGAAGUCAACGCAGGAUGUGUCUGAUGUUGUUGCCAAUACCUGCAUUUUCCUUCAAACUAGCAACAUCCCCUUCAAUGUUCUCAUUUCUGAUUGCGGAAAAAGAGUCUUCCUCUUGCCUCAGUGUUAUGCCGAGAAACAAGCAAUAGGAGAAGUUAGUCAGGAGCUGCUACAUACUCAAGUAAACCCUGCUGUUUGGGAGAUCGGUGGACAUAUGGUGCUGAAGAGGCGCGAGGAUUAUGAUGAUGCAUCGGAGGCAUAUGCUAGGAGACUCCUAGCUGAGGUUUCUUUGUCAGAGGAGAGGUUCCAGGAGGUGAAAGCUUAUAUCCUGGAAGCAGCAGCAUUGCAGGCAACCAACAUGAAGGAAACUGAAGUAAAUCAGGCGGAAGAUAAGGUAUAUCAGAAAGGAGAUUCAUUGUCCAAGCAGCGUGCAGCAAGCCAAGCCAACCAACGUGUAUCAUAUGAUUGCAUGGUUUUGCAGUGAAGACCAAGAUUUUUCCAAGGUUGUAAGCAAUU